AUUAACAUCUGUGUGUUUUUCACGUGACAGUGAUGUUAUUGAUGCAUUCUAAGUUACAAACAAAAAUGCUAUAUUAUUGUAAUAGGACAUUGCUUUCAGACAUUUUAUGUAGUAUUUAAGUAAUUUUAAAUGACAUGCAGAAAUUAUGAAAAAAUGCCUACUGUUAAUAUCAAAAGUCUUCCUUUUAUUAACAUACCUUUAUAUGAAGUACAGUCUGUGUAUAUUACUUCAGAUUUUAAAAUUUUGAGUUUCAUCUGUGAAGACAGUCUAGUUCUUCAAUAUAUUAACAAGGAAAUCUGUUGUUCAAAGCAACUAAAAAAUGUUAAAAGGUUUAUUUGGCAAGAUGAUAAUUUAACUUCUGAAGACUAUCAUCUAAUAACAAUAACAAGUUCUAAUUUGGUACAUUAUUAUACAAUUUCUGUUCAACACUUAGAAAAUCAUUGUGAUUGUGCCUUUCUUCUUCACAUUGAACAAACAUUUUCUUUUAUUGAAGAACUUUCAUUAUAUGAAGAAGAAAUACAGCAUGUGGAUAUUUUGUUAUAUACUCAACAAAAAUCUGUAUUUUUGAUGAAUAAUGAGAUUGUUUUAAUUUAUGUUUUGAUAUCUAAUAAUAAACAUGAAAAAUAUUUGUCAAUAAAUGUAGCAGUUGAUUUUGGACCAGUCUCUUAUUAUCAAAUAUAUAAUGAUAAAUUAUUCACACUGAAUAAUGGAAGAAAUGUUCUUUCAUUAUUUUCUUUAUUAACUGGAAUGAAAGAAUCUGAAUGGGAUUUUAAUUUAAUUUUUUUUAAUAAUGAAGUUGAGAGAUGUUUUAAAGUUUUUGUAGCUGCAGAUAUUAGAACUGCAAUAAUAUGCAGCAAUGAACUUAAACUUUAUCAGUUUCAAUUAGACAAAAAGGUUAAAACAGAUUUUAAAAAAUCAUCAAAAAAUAUAGUUACAGCCUUUGCAAAAAAAAUGCCUUCAUUUACAAAAAUUACUGAAGGAAUUCGUAAUAAUACAAGCAAAUUUCAUCAAAUCUCAAUUGAACAAUUAGAUCUUCCAUCUGAUUUAAAAGAUGACAUAUGUUUUGAAGAUAUAGAGAUGCAAAUUUUAGGAGAAAGUAUUUUUAUUUAUAUCAGUAAAGUUGAAUAUUCGUAUUUAUUUAUAUUGCAAUCAUCUGGAUUGAUGGUAACUUGUGAAAGAUUUAAUUCAAAAAUUGUGAUAAUUAAGAAAGUAUCAUCAUUGUCUUCACCAUUAUUAUUUUUAUAUAAUGAUAACAUUUGUACAUUUUUGAUAAAUGUAAAUGCAGAAAAACUUGUAAGUGAGCUAAUGUUUUAUUAUUGUGGAACAGUAGCAGAAAAUAUUUCUCUUCUAAACAACUGGCAAGAUAUUAAUGUUAAAUCGGAGAUUUUAGAAGAAGGUUUAAAGAAUCGCCAAUUGGAUAUCAUUGCUUUUUUUCUUAAAAUGCAUGAAGAAGGAUUUUAUAAGUUAUGGACAGCUCAAAAGCUUCAAAAUAAAGAAUGGAUAUGUCAAAUAAAUGUUCAGUUUACUUAUUGGGAUUCAGUAAUAACCAUGCUAUUAAACUGUGUAAAAGAAAGUAUCUAUGAUACUGCAUCUUGUCAAUUUGCUGAACAACUCUUACAGUUAAUUGUUACAGUUUUGACAAAUUUGAUCAAUACUUUGAAUAUAGAAGAGAAGAAACCUGAGAUUAAUGAUGAAAAUACAAUGCUUUAUUGCAAAUCUGUUUCAGAAGCUAAUAUUAAGUUUGCAAAAUAUUUUAAAACAACACGACUCUUAUUGUAUGAACAAAAUGAUUAUGAUGAAAAUGAAAUUUUAACAAAUGAAACCUCAGAAUCUGAAGAUAUUAUUUUAAAAGAACAAUGGAAUAAUUGGAGUAAAAUGACAUGGCAGGAAGCAAUUCAAGAUGCUAUUAGACACGAUAAUCUUCUUUCUCUUCAGGGGUAUUUGCUAACUAAUUAUUUAUCAAAAUCUGAAAUCCAGGAUAAUUUAUGGAAGAUCAUUAAUCAGAUUGGAAUGUCAAUGGCAGAAAAUUCUAUUUCAAAUGGAAACCUUUGUGAAGCUUUACAAAUAUUUAUUAACAUGGUAAUUACUAUUUUAUUUUGUAGACUUUCUUAUAAUUUAGGUUUAAAAAGUCUAAGUUUAAUUUGA